CUCGGUCUUGGCACACUUCGACGAGAGGCUGCCAGUAGUGCUGGCAUGCGACGCCUCUCCCUAUGGCAUCGGCGCUGUCCUGGGACACCAACUCCCGGAUGGAAGAGAGGUGCCGGUGGCAUACUUCUCCCAGACGCUUGCUGCAGUCGAACGAAACUACUCACAGAUUGACAAGGAGGGUCUGGCAAUCGUGAAGGGCGUAAAAAAAUUCCAUGAUUUCUUGUACGGGCGGCCCUUUACCAUAGUGACUGACCACAAGCCGUUGCUUGGCCUGUUUGCCCCCGAGAAGCAGACCCCCCAAGUGUUGUCUCCACGUGUCCUCAGGUGGUCAAUUUUCCUUGCCGGCUACCAGUAUGCACUAAUCCACCGCCCUGGGAAGGCGAUGGGCCACGCGGACGCCCUCAGCAGGCUACCACUACCAGAAACAGGCCCCGACCCAGCGCCUGCGCAAGAGGUUAUGACCCUGGAGCUGCUUCCCGACCGACCCAUUCAGGCACAAGAAGUUGCGCACCAUUCCACAAAAGAUAGGGUCAUCUCCCGGGUCCUGGACUGGGUGUGGCGAGGAUGGCCCAGCAGCAGCCCCGGGCCAGAAUUCGCUGGCUACACAAACCGCAAACAUGAACUGUCGGCCCACAAGGGGUGCCUGUUAUGGGGAAGCAGGGUUGUUGUUCCCCAGCCCCUCCGCAAAAGGGUCCUCACAGCCCUACACGAGACACACCCAGGGGUAGUGAGGAUGAAGGCCCUUGCCAGGAGUUAUGUGUGGUGGCCGGGGAUUGACAGAGAGAUAGAGGCCUGGGUCCAACACUGCCAGACCUGCCAAGAAUCCCGCCCGGAUCCCCCAAGGGCCCCAGUCCAGCCCUGGGAGUCCGCCCGACAACCAUGGUCACGCUUGCACGUGGACUUCGCUGGCCCCUUCCAGGGAAAAACAUUCUUCAUAGUGGUGGAUUCCUACACCAAAUGGCUGGAGGUCGCACUGGUACCGUCCACUUCUACGGCGGCAGCCAUCCGGGUACUACGUAAGCUGUUUGCAACCCACGGGCUCCCUGACACCCUCGUCUCGGACAAUGGAACCGCAUUCACGUCAGAGGAGUUCCAGACCUUCACAGCGCAGAACGCCAUCCGCCACAUCCGCUCAGCACCAUUCCACCCUGCCACCAAUGGCCAAGCGGAGCGCAUGGUGCGGACCACCAAGGACAGCCUCCGCCGCAUGACACAAGGGGACUGGGAAUACCGCCUUGCCGCAUUUCUUCUAGCACAGCACAGCACCCCAAGCACAACGACGGGCAGGAGCCCAGCUGAACUACUAAUGGGCCGGCGCCUUGCAACUAGACUGGACCGACUUCACCCCGACAGAGCUCAGGAUGAGGUAGUGGUGGGGAAAGGCAGGAACUCCCGGACAUUUGUGGCCCAGGACCCAGUGUAUGCAAAGAAUUUUGGGGCAGGCCCAGCAUGGGUACCCGCCACAGUCACCAAGGUGACCGGUCCCGUGUCGUACGAGGUACUAACGGAAGGGGGGCAAUGUUGGCGCCGCCACUGCGACCAGCUACGGCGACGAUUCCCAGGAGGAACCCGGGAGGAGAGCGGGACAGAGGGGUCCCAAGGGGACAGCAGGGCAGUGAGGCCUGUAGAGCGAGAGGGGUGGGCAGGGGAAGCAGAAGCAGUAGGCACAGAGGGGCGCCCCGAGGCUGGAAGGACACCGGAACCAGAGCCACAACCUAGUGGUUCAGUGGCGCCAGACCAGACAGCCCCGGCACAGCCAGCAGCCUCGGAACACGAGCCAGAACCAGAACCCCUGACCAAGGAACACCCCAGGCCACAACGCACACGGAGGCGGCCAGCAGACCUUGGGGACUACGAAUGCAACUUCCCGGGCAGGACUGGAACUUAGAGGGGAGGGGUGUUAUGUACUGAGCUGAAUCCUAGAACAAUAGGAUUCAGAAUCAGCGGGAGCUACCCAAUCCAACUCCAGGUGGAAGUGAAUCCGCAACCUGAUUGGCCUGCUGGAGCAGCCAAUCAGGCGGCUGGCAGAAGUGAAUCUGCUACCUGAUUGGCCUGUAGGAGCAGAAAAUCAGGCUGCA